AUGCCGCCCCGUAAGAAGGCAAAGGCCAGCGCUGCCUCAACGCCGCUCGGCGACACGCAGCCAAAGACGCCCCAGGACUCGAGCGCCGUGCAGUCGCAGGAUGAGCUCCUCAGCGAUCCGUGGGUCGACGAGCAGGAGACACAGCUGCUCAAGAGCAUGAUGAAGUGGAAGCCCACAGGCACGUCCGCGCUACAUGUUUCCCCAUUGAAACACGCCAAACUAACCCUACCAGGCCUGCACAAGCACUUUCGGAUGAUUAGUAUCCAUACCGAUAUGCGCUCUCACGGCUUCGCGGGCGAACAUGUCCCCCACACGCGCAUUCCCGGCAUAUGGAAGAAGCUCUCGCAAUGGUACGACCUCGACGCGCUGGAUACCCGCGAGAACGAGUUUGCCUUUGCCGAAGAGCCUGACCCGCUCGACCCCGAAGACGCCGCCAACCUUCCCGAAUUCGAACUGCCCGAGGACGACUAUGGCGAGAUGAUGUGGCAGAAGCGCUUCCACCGCGAAGACUCGGCCGCUGCUUCGUCGCCGCCCAUGAUUCCCGCCGAAGAGUACAAGGACCUCUACGCGCCCGGCAUUGGUCUGCUCAAGGACCUCCCCGAUGGCGUGCGCUCGCAAAAGACCGAGAGCGUCGCAGAGGCUACCCCCACGCCCAGGAACACAAAGGGAACAAGGGCGGCCCGGGCUGCAAAGAACGGAAAGGCUGCUAGGCCUGGGCCCAAUGCGACCAAGAAUACCAAGCCUCAGAGUACCGUAUCUGAGUCUGCUGAAGAAGAGGAUGAAGAUGAUGACGAAGAUGAAUCUAGUGUCGAGUCGGAAGAAGACAGCGCCCCAACCACCCGGAGGACCAAUCGCGCAAAGCCAAAGCCGGCGCCCAAGCGAACGAGAAAGCGGUGA